AUGGAGUACUCGGAUAUUGGCGAAUUUUCUGAUCUAAAACUCCAAAAUGUGCACAAGUUAAAUGUCGCUUCAACGCUCAGCGAGCUUCCCAUGAAUAAAGGAAGUAACAUAUCCCCUCAGGCUCUAGGAAUGUCUGUAAAGAUGGACCUUGUAAAGAGAAGGGCGACUCAGACCGAGAAAGAAAAACAGUUUAUGUACUCUGGAGCAUUUACAAAGACUAAGUUAUCCGGUGUUUCAGAUGAAAUACUAUCCGCGGCAGAUAUAUUGAACAAAAUCAAUGCCAGUACAACAAGUGGUGUUAAUUUUGGAGAGAAUUCGUUAUUUUACAGGGAAGCGUUGGCAACUAGAAUGUUGCUACGUAAAAUGGCUUUAAAGAAGUUUGCAAACAACAAUUACAGUGAUGCACUUUUAAACGCCCAUUACUCACUAUUGCUUUCGAAAAAAUUUCAUUCUCAAGUGAGAAAAACACCACUGUGUGGAGAAAUGGCAAUAGAGCUUAUGAUACUAAGCAAGUGUUAUGCCCAGAUUGGACACUUUAAAAAGGGAAAGGAACACUUGGCUGAGUUUAGGUUCCUAGUGGAAAACACACUAUUACAAUAUUCUAAAGGACCUGAGGCAUUAUCAGCUGAUUCACAAAAUGCUGUUAUAGACUGUGAUAAGAAGUUGUUCCUGACAAUCGUAUACAUCCUAGCGGAAGUUUUAAGCAGUUACGGUAUGUCAGAAGAUGCAGAAAUCUUCUUCUCAAAGUACCUCGCAUUGUACGUUCAAAUUUACGGUGAAUUUGAUCUUGGACUUACUAACGCACUCAGUAACGUAUGCAUAUAUAUGAUUAGGGAUAAACAGUACCUGAAAGCACUUCCACUGUGCAUUAAAAACUUGGAAAUUCUAAAGAAACAUUUAGGAGAUUAUGAUUCCGAACAACCUAACAUUAAGGUAGCAGAUGCUUAUAAUAAUUUGGGUAUUGUUUAUAGGUUAUUGAAUAACCCAGUGGAUGCAUUACAGCAGUUUUUCAAGGCAAUUGAUAUGAAAAUGAGGUUGUACCGUGACCGUAAUCACCCCUCAGUUCAGGACAUCCUGUUGUCAAUAGGAUGCUGUUUUCAUGUUCUAGGACAAUUUACUUCAAGCGCAUCGAUAUAUAGAGAAGUUUAUGCAACUCGCUGUGAUUUACUAGGAAAAUCACAUACGUCAACCAUUGCUGUUCAUCAAUUAAUAAAGGACCUUGAGAGAGAUAUUAAUCUUGCAUACAAUGAAUCAGAUAAUACUGAACCUAAAGUUGAACUGUUAGAUAAGCAACUAAAUACAUAUUCUAAGCUUAAUCAUAAAGAAAAAGAGCUACCGGUUUUAAACAGUACUACAGUAGAUGUUUCAAGAAUUGUGGCACUGUAUUCAAACAAAAUGGAUAAAGUUGAUUUGACCUCAUCAAAAGUAAAUUCUUGUUCUGAGGUUAUAUUCCCUACUGAACGUCUUUUGGAUCUAUCAAAGAAAUUAAACCUUAAACUGAUGAAGUUGCCGGUAAUUAAUGUACCAAAACUUUCAAAGGGAACCCUUUACAUUAAAGACGGGCUUCCCGCAAUGACACUUAACCCCGAUGCGGAGGAUAUUCUACGAGAUUGGGGAGUUGAUCCACCUGAAGUAUCAAUAUUAGGUGAAGUACUUAGUAAUGAGUUAAUCCAUGAUGGAGUCAAACUGUUCGUUCCGCUAGUAAAAGAUGAUAAUGAACUGAUUCUGGGGUACCAUGAUAAGCCAGUUUUUGUUCCAAACCCUGCUAUAUUCCACAGUCUCAAACAGGUUAGCAAAAGGUUAGAAUCUGCUUCUCCAACACGUACAACUCUAGUUAGUAAGAUUGGUCUUAAACCAAGUGAACCUUUGAAGGAACCUGAAGUUCGUGAAACUAAAGAAGCGGCAACAUCACCAAAAAUUGAACCACAAGAGAUGACUGAAGUUGAGAAGGCUGAACCGGAUAAAGUUGAAAAAGAGGACGAAAAACUCAGUGUAAAGCAGAAGAUAGGAGAAUUAGAACGUUUAAAAAGUGUUAAAUUCAUAGAAAAACCAAAAGUGGUAGACGAACCGAUUGUAGCGGUCCCAAUAACUGAGUUGGUUAAGUCAAAGAAUGCAAAGAACGCAAAGUUUUUGGCUAAAAUAGGAGCACUUUCAAACGUCAAAGUUAAACAGAACUUAUCACCUAAAAUUGAUAACUCUGUACUUAAAAAGUCAAUGAUGGCGAAGAACAUUUCAAAGAAAAUCGCAAAAAAAGUACCUACAAAGAAAUUAUCUCAGUUUCCAAAACAUAGACGUGCAUUUUCAGAAUCAUCAAAUGAUAAUCAAUAUUCCGAAGAUUCUCUCAUGUUCACUGAUGAGACGUUAUAUUCUGAUGACUCAUUUAUUUUGUCGGAUGAAAGUACUAGGUCAACAUAUUAUUCUGAUGAUGAAACUGUUAUUGAGAGUUGUAGUGUUAUUUCAAACUCCGAAACUCCCGUAAACUCAGAUUAUGAGUCAAUUAACGAUUAUUCAAUUACCAAUCAAUUGUUUACAUCACCUUCUGUUUAUUCACUUCUUGAUACAGUGACUACACCAAAUAUGAUGCAGCAAAACCCCCAAAAUUUACCACUAAUUAUCAGAUACUAUGAUGACGUAAUACCUGUUGAAAUUGCUAGAAGGGUAGCAUCAGUCAAAACAUGCGUUAGUGAAGCUUUUAACGAUUUUCUUGACGAAGAUGAUAAGGAAAAAGCUGACACCCCAGAGAAAAAACCUGAAACUAAAUCCGAAAAUCAGGAUAAUUCUACUGAUCCUAAAUCAAACAACAUUUCAAAUAAUAGUGCUAAUGUUAGUGAUAAGACUUCUGGUAACACUAAAAAUCCUCAAAAUUCUAACAAUUCAGAUUCUUACAAAAACUAUUGUAUGUUGAUGGACUGCGAUGGGAAUGAGUUAGCUUCAGUGCCUUGGACAGUUGAUUUGGUUUCAUUAUCUUUAGCCAGAUCCUGCCUACAAGAGGAUUUCCUGAAUAGGUACUCCUUUUUAGCUAAAGCUAAUAAAUCAUAUUUGAAGAAGAAAGAGUUGUCAUUUAAAGUUGAGACUGACGAGGAGAGGAAGAAAAACGAGCUUUUGUUGUGCAGAAUGUUACUUGCAGGACAGGGUUUAUCUGAACUGGGAUUUUCUAAAAUCGCCACGUCAAUGCAGGCAAUCACAAAUGACCUCACAGCUGGCCUUGACUUUAAAGUACCAAAUUCAGUUCUAGAAAGCAUUAAGAAACAACAAGAACAGAUUGAAAAGGAAAUGAAAGAGAUUGAGUUGGCAAACAAAAAGAAAGAAGAUGAACUUAAGAAGAAGGAAGUAGCUGCUAAGAAGGCUCCACCUCCGUCGGGUAAGAAAGCACCUCCUCCACCAGGUUUUGGUAAAAAGGGGCCCCCAUUACUAAAGGGUAAAGGUCCUUUACCACCUCCAAGUAAGGGUGGGUUUGGAAAGGCUCCGAAAAAAGGUGCUCCUGGAAAACCAGUAGUUGACUCUAACUUGAGACGGUUCUUCUGGGACCCCAUCUUUGGAGAUGACGUUAAGGACACUAUAUUCGCAACUCAAAAGCUAAAACCGAGGCUCGAAGCUUCACAUAUCGAGGAGUCAUUUGCCAAGGCUACUCCAAAAGCAAAAGAUAAAGCUGUAGAAAAGGCCAAACCGAAGUUCAUCCAAUUGUUGCCUGAUAGUAAGAGGAGUUACAACAUGAACAUUGGACUGAGUAAAUUCAGCAAAUACAGCUUUAAUGAAAUUCGAGAAGCGAUAAUACACCUAGACCCAAAUGUCCUCAACGUUGAUGCUACUGAGAGUAUUUUAUUGCUAUUACCAAACAAUGAGGAGAUAUCCGUUGUUUCUGAAUUUGUUAAAUCAGGAGGAGAUUUGGGUGCAGUAGAUAAACCUGAACAAUUUGUUGCAUCCCUUAUUGGAAUACCUAUAAUGAAACAGAGAUUGGAGUGUCACCAGAUUGCUCUUACCUUUAGGGAUAAUUAUAACGAUAUUUACUACCCGCUAGAAAACAUAAUGGAGUCUUGCGAGUCUAUUAUGAACUCUGUAAAGCUUAAUAUACUUGUCCACUUCAUUCUCAACGUUGGUAACAAGUUGAAUGAAGGAGACCCUAAAAAGGGUAACGCUGAGGGAUUUAAGCCUACUACAUUCCCCAAAUUAAACGAUUUUAGGACCACUACAAAGCCUUCAAAAACACUACUACAAUACAUUUGCGAUAUGAUUGCUGAUGAGGAUGAGAAUAUACUCGACGUUUUAGAUGAUUUAAAGAGCCUUGAUUCAGGCUCCAAAGUUGACAUAGAUGCACUAAAUGAUAAGAUGAAUAGAUUUAAAGGUGAUUUAACAAAGAUUAAGAACUCAAUUAACCUUUCUCAAAAUGCGAAAUGUGAUUUUCAAGAUAAUUUCACAUCAAUAAUGCGUGAAUUUUUGGUCGAUGCAGAACCAAAGGUUAAUUCCCUUUCAAAACACUAUGAUGAUGUGAGUUUUAAAAUAUCUUAUUUUUAUACUUUGCAGGUCAUGACUAUGUUUAAAGAAGUCGUUCGGUUUUCAGGUUAUACUGAAAAGGAGGUUGAUAAGGUCAAGCCAAGUGAACUUUUCAAGUACAUAUGGUCAUUUGCAUUAUCGGUUGACCAAUAUAGAAAGCAAAGGGAAGAAGCAAGGUUAAAGUUGGAGAAAAAGGCAAACGCUCAGACUAAAGUUGAGGCUAAAAAGACUCCAAAGCUCCAAACAAAACAGACUAAACUGGUUUCAGUACCAAAGUUACACAAUGACGAUUUAGUCAACAUUGUUAAAACAAUAUAA